GAGUCGAACACGUUUGAGAAUUCGAAAUCGAACGUUUCGUUGUCGAACGGCUGGUUGUGGAAAUCUCCUUUAACCACCAGCGGCGGACACAACACGAGGUCGAUGUUGAUGGAGUCGGCCACGCCCGCCCGCCCGCUUCAACGCCUCCACUUCCUGACCCAUGCGAGCCCCGAUGCAGAGUGCCCGCGAGGAAUUUGCAAGAAGCAUCUCGCGCUUCAAAUCCUGGAAGAAUCUGGAAAAGACCUGGAUUUCUGGCACGAGGUCGAUGUCGAUGGAGUCGGCCACGCCCGCCCGCUUCAACGCCUCCACUUCCUAACCCAUGCGAGCCCCGAUGCAGAGUGCCCGCGAGGAAUUUGCAAGAAGCAUCUCGCGCUUCAAAUCCUGGAAGAAUCUGGAAAAGACCUGGAUUUUCCGGUCCCAGUCACGGGUUUUCCAUAUCUGUCUUAAUCUGGGGUUGAGGGUCUUGUUGAGUUGGUGUUGGAUGUAGGAAUCGUAGCAGGUGUAUCCAGGUCAGAUUCUAAGGCCGGUGGAAUCGAGUUUUUGUUCCUCGGUGGGGAGGGAUUUGUAACACUGAGUGUGCGAGGGCCCUUUAAAGCUUCAGUAUUUUCUUCAGAUUCACCAGAAAAGAGUUGAGCCAACUCUCGUCCCGUACUCAAAACUGAAUUUGGUUCAAAGAUUUCUUUGAGAAAUGAGUUUUCGAUUUUUUGCUGCAAAUCAAAGUCGAAGACGCAG